AUGUUCCCGCGACUGAAAAACACUUUUGUCGUGAUGGAAGUUGACAAUGAGCAUCGUGAGCCGUUCGCUCAGAAGAAUGGGAAGAUGAGCUGCUGCGAAUAUGAGGAUCCUACGAGGUUACAAACCAGUACCGAGCAAUUUCUCGUCCUUGAGAUACACUAUGCCCAAAAUGUUCGCUAUUUUGAGCCCAUAUUGCCAGAGAUUCGUUAUCUUCUCGAACUUUCUGACGAUGUCAAGCAAGCAGGAGACGAAGUUUUACAGCGUUGGAAAAUAGGACAUGCAGGAGCCAUGUGUGCUCACAUACGACGUUCAGAUUUUAUCAGUUUACGUUUGGCAACUACCCUCAGGGAUAGCGUUCAGAAAAUUCAGCAUAUUGCUGCCUUAUCGAAUUUAACAGAAUAUGUCAUAUUUGGUGACGAUGUUGACUUCAUGAAAAGUAUGCAAGAGAGGAUGCAUCCGAAAAAGGUUCACUAUUCAAUUUACUCUGAAGGUGUAGAUUUCCACAUAGCAUCAAAUGUGUGUCAAGCUAUGUUUAUAACGGCACCAACAUCCACAUUUGGUUGGUGGCUGGCGUUUUUCUCGCCUAACCAAAAUUCGAUCUACUACAACAGCGACCCCUCAAAUAUGAGCGAUAAGUUCCCAAAUAAGGACUUAUAUUUGUCAUCAUGGAAGAAUUACAGUGAACUUGAAAGGUGGACGUGA